AUGACUCAAGAUACCAGGUCUGCGUCUGAGGUUGGACAACGAAGUCUGUUCUACCAUGGCCAAGCGAAGGAUUUUGUCGACUUGCAUGAACAGGUUGAGACGAGCGUAAAUCUCCUGGAUUCUCUGGAAUCAUUUCUGUCUACAUUUCAAAAGGACCUUUCUUCUGUAUCCGGCCAGAUAUCAGAGCUACAGGAAAGGAGCAAAGACAUCGACAACAGGCUGAAGAGUCGACGUAGAAUAGAGAAACCGCUCUCAAGUCUUCUGUCAGACCUUGCUAUACCUCCGUCACUUGCAGUUACUAUCUUAGACACAGAUGUUGGGGAGCCUUGGAUAGCAACUAUCACUGACCUUGAACGACGGUUAGAUAUUCUGAAGGUUCGGUCUCGUGUCAAAGCCGCCAGGGAUCUUGGAGACGUCGCAGAAGGGCUUCGCAUAGUAGCAGCUACGAAGUUACGAACUUUCUUUCUCGCAUUGCUACAGCCAAUACGAACAAGUGUCACGACGAACAUGCAAGUUAUGCAGACUUCAAUCUUUGUGAAGUACAGAGCAUUAUAUGUAUUCCUCCAACGGCAGGCGCCGAACGUUGCCAGCGAGGUUCAAAAGGCUUACACUAGUACAGCCCGCACAUACUAUGAAACUGGGUUUCGUCGUUAUGUUCGCAGCUUAGGAUGGAUCAAGGCAAGGACCCCGGAGAAACCUGAAUCCAUCAUUUCAGGAAACGGAGACAACGGUGGACCAUACCUAGAUCAAGAUCGUCUUGCGUACGCAAAAAUGGAUGGACCCAGCGUCAUCCUCGCCUAUAUGGCAGAUGACAAGACUCACGAAGAACCUAUCGAAGCCAUUCUCAGGUCCCUUUUUCUGGUGUUGAUGGAUAAUGCCACCGCAGAAUAUGCGUUUAUCGCUGCCUUUUUCCGUUCUGAGUCCUUUGCGCCCCCUCCUGCAAUGGAAACUAACAGCGCCAUAUUUUCACCCACUGCCACGCUUUUGUCACCUGAUAUUGGCUUUGACGAUAGGAGGUCCAACGCUGGUUCUGAAAUUGGUACGCACGUUUCAAGACCCUUCAGCGGUAAUGGCCACGGACCUCGUGAUGUGACAGCACGACCCGGCUUUAUGGACAAGACUGAGCGUGCGCUGUUAGAUGCCAUCUGGAAACAAAUCCUAGAUCCUGUUCUAGAAUAUUGCAAGACUUUCGUGACCACCGUUCUUGAACCCAUGCCGCCCGCCGUGCCACUACUCACGAUGAUCCGACUCACGGAGGCUGUAAUUACUGAAGUGCAGAAGAGGGACUGCCCGCCCCUGGAAAACUUUUUGUUUACCAUGAGGUUGCAGCUGUGGGCCGCGUUCCAGAAAAUCAUGUCGGAACAUUGUGAUUCUUUGAAGAAGCUUGCGGAAGGUAGAAUCACUAGCUACUUCAGCAGAGCUACUUCAACGACGGAUGCGUCUGUUGCAAAUAUUUGCAACAGAUACGUUGUAAUGUUUAAUUCCUUCGUCAUUCUGACUGAUCAGGAAGAAGAGACCAUGAUUUUUUCCAACCUCCUUCGUCUCCGACAGGAGCUCACGAAAUUGAUCGCUUGCCACACGGAGAACAUCAACGAUGACGUUGCUAAAGCUACCAAACAGUCGGCAAUGUAUGAGGUUAUUUUGCAGGGACUAAACAAGGGGACUCAUUUGAGCGCACACCCCAAAUCUCAAAAGGAGAUAGCUUACUGGGCGGAGAAAGAAGAAGAGGCUCGACGCCGAAUAGUGUCCAUUGCUCAAAGUAGACGAAUUGGUAAGAGAUAA